AACAAAAAAAGUUGGAAAAAAGUUUUGUUAGCCACACUAAUGUCAGUACGGGUUCUGUAGGUUUAGUCUUCACUCAGAAUCCAUUUUAUUAAUGUGUCUUUUAACAGUCAUUGCGGUUGCGGUAGAAAACGAAAAAACAAAAAACUUCCAAAGAAAUUAAAAACAAAACGAGAGAAAAAAACACACACAAUUAAUUAUAAAAAUUAACAAAGCAACAAAUCUCCAGUUGCUGAGAAAUUCUUUUGAUCGGCAUUUAAAACAGCUGCCUGCUCCUCAUAUACAUUGUGUUAAUUUUUUUGGACAAAAAAAAAACAUAAGCAAGAAAAAUAAAACAAAUAAAAUAUAAUAAGAAAUCUCCAUAAAUAUACAAAUGUUUUAUUUGUUUUUUGUCCAGCCGUGUUAAAUAUAAAAAAAUGAAAGCGAAAUUUAUAUUAUCUUUUAAGUGCUGAAUAUGUUUUUAUUGUUUUUCUUUGUUUUCAACACGUUUAAAUUUUACUGAAAAUAUUUCCCACAGCGAUAAUUUGCCAACAGUUAUAUAAUACCAACAAAUAUUGUGGAAAUAUUAUCCAAACAUCAUCAAAAAAAAAGAUAUACAAAGUGUUGAGAUUCAAACCGAAUGCAGUAUUUUAAUUACGCCCUACAAACUUCCUCACGUUUCCUAACCUCAACAACAUCAACAACCACUGCACCAUCAACGAAUACCUCAAACCAUUUAAUACCCCAACCAACCAACAACAAUUUGGCCUCCACCUCGAACUCUACCACCACCCACAACAACAAUCCUAGUGUAGAAAAUUUAAACGCCAACAUUGAAACCCCAUCAUCGACCACAAAAAACACACAGGUCAGCUCUAGUGAUUUGGAUCCCACACAAAAUCCAUGAAAUUUACUUACAUUUAAUGUUAACUUUGCGCGAAACAAACUGUUAUCAUUCUUUAAUCGCGACAUGGCCGCUACUGAUGGCCAAAUAAUAUUGGCCGCAUCCCGCUUCGGGGACUCGACGUCAUCGCCACCCGUUUAUUUGCGUGACUUUUCCAAACAAAAGCUGCCGGCUGUAGCCAAAAUUGUCAAGGGUCAACAUCAAAAUCUCGGCGUACCCACACUCUCAGCACCUUCACUGCAGAGUACGGCCCUCUUCCUCAGUUCGGGCAAGAAAUAUCAGAUUCUAGCCCAACCCAUCAAGUUGAAAGAGGGUCGUAAGCCUACAAAUGUCGGUGCUAAGGUUCUAAUACCCGAAACGUAUCCUGGCUAUUUUGAGCUGCUGAGCGAAGAUGGCCGCUCGACGCGUUGCAUCGAAUCGGUUCUGGAGCUGUCGAAACGUCGCAAUUGUCGUGUUUUGGUGCGUGAGACAUUUCGCUGUCCCCAGAUGAGUCGCACCAUACAUGCGGGUGAAAUGCUAACGACCAUGAACGACAAUGGCAAAGUGUUGCAGUGUAAAAAUAUCAAAGAUGAGAUCAUCAAUCUGCCACUCGAUACCAAAGCGAAAUUUUCACCUAUAGCUAAGGAGGAUAGUAUAAGCGGAGUUCAUACUGUGAAGAAUCUACUGUUGAAAAGAAUGCCAGUUGUUGUGAGAUUAGUUCAUGGUAGCGCACCGAAGGGUCUGAAACAACCGUUCGUGCCGGAAAUGCGUCUGUUGGGCUGUGUUGAAAUUGAUCGUAUUUUUGCUUUGCCAUUGCAAAAAGAUAAUGACUUGGUGCCAGUACCCCUAAAUGCUAAAAUCAAAUUGCAACGAGCCAAAAAUAUGGAUCAAUUGGAACAUUUCAUCGAGUACACGCGAUUUCUUGAGAAAGCUCAACGUCUGCUAAGCGAUGCACGUGAUCGUUUGCAAAUAGUAGAUAUUAAGCUGUCGGAGAAAGAGAAAAAGGACUCGAAAUUUAGUAGUCGUAAUAAUAAAUUACCCGUGGUUAUGUUGCCAUCAGCAGCCGGCGUAGCGUAUGUGGCCAAUGGUCUAUUGGAGAACGGUUAUAUCCUCAAGCGUAGCGCCAGCUGUGAUUCGUAUAAUAAAAGUCAACCGCCUGCGGAGAUAUCCGAAGAUUACAAGGAUAUCGAUCAUAUAUACGAUUAUGUGAGGGGUUUGACGCCACUGUCGAAGGCAUUGUCGCGAUUUGAGCCCAUCAGUGAAACGCCCACAAUUAAGUCACAAUACACCGAUAGUAGUGGAAACUAUUGUAGUCUCAUACGAGUUAAUCAGAAUUCAAGCAGCCAUAAUAACAGCAAUAACAACAACAACAACAAUAAUUCUAGUAGCAAUAAUAACAGUUUAAAUAAUAGUGGCAAUGGGGGUGGUGGUGGUGGCGGCAGCAGCAACAAUAAUAACAACUCAAAUAAUAAUAACAACAACAACUACAGUAGUCUGGAAUCAAAUAAACAUACAAACACCAACAGCAGUCACAAUAGCAGUAGUAAUCAGAGUCAUCAACACCAUCACCAUCAUCAUCACCAACAUCAUUUGCCAGCCGCCGUUGGCCAACAGUUGCAACAUCACAGUCAACAUCAUCACCAUCAGAAUCACUCGCAUAAUCAUCCCACAUCCGGUGGAGGAGGCGGCGGCGGCGGUGGACUAGGUGGUAGUGGUGGUGUAGUCAAUCAUUAUCAACACUCACAUGUCCAAGAGGAUAUUAAGCCAGUGCCACCACCAAUCGAAACUAUACCGGGUAAAAAAUUACCAGAGAAACGCCAACGUCCCACACUACCAAAGCUUUAUUUGAAAAAUUCUCAUAGUGCUGGCAGCAGUAGUGGAGGUGUUGUUGGCAGUGGCAACACAACCAACACCAGCAGUUCCAAUGGUAGUCAUCACAAUAAUCAUCACCAUAAUCAUCAUCCACAACACAGCAGCCAUCAUCAGACACAUCAUCCAAAUCCCCAUAGUCAUCAAGCGUCGGUGGUAAAUGUAUCAUCAUCGUCCGUAGCUGCCGCUGUGGCAGCCCAUCAUCAUACGCAUCAUCACCAUCAUCAUGGCAAUGCAGCGUCUAAUGGCAGAGUUUUGACACCAAGUAAUCAUCAUCAUACGCCCAUUAAUGGAAAUGUGGCACCUUUAAGUGCUGGCAUAUUAAGCAAAGAUUGUGGUUUAGAGCCUCAGUCACCAUUAUUUCAUAUCAGAUAUAAAAGUCUCAGUAGUCUUCAGUUGACACCCGAUAGUAAUUCAGUUUCACCGCCGAUCUCAACAAAUCCCAAAGGACAACCAGUCGUUGUGGCACCACCCGAUCUAGUACUUAAAUGUAGUAACAAUAAUAUUAACAACAACAACAGCAACAAUCAUCCAAUACCACUGCCGUUAAGCAAAAGUUCUAGUACCACUGGUGGUUUAAACGGAAUGCUACACACCACUUCCUCACACAGUCACAAUCACAAUCCACGCGAGGGAACACUCGAUUCAUCUCGCAGUGGUGGCCGCACCUCGGGCGAUUCAAAUAAAUUGCCCGAAAAGAAAACACGACGUCUGUCGCGACCACGUAGUCUAUCGAAUUUAGUCUGGGAUUUAAGGCCAUCCAAAGAAAAAUCCAAAAAGAAAUUAUACAUUCAUCAUUUCGAUCAUCGUCAGCAGGCGACUUUGUAUUUGUAGUCAAUUUGUAGUUGUGUAUCAAUAAGAGAGCCAACAUAUAAAAUAGCGUCAAAGAUGGCCUAAACGAAGAGAACAAAAUGGAUUCAAGUUAAUUGCUUAAAUUUGUUUAGAAGAACUGAAAUGUUUCGGAAAUGCUUAAACACCUACACACACCUUCAACAAGGAACUCAUAGAUACAUCUACAUUUUACAUAAAAUACAUCAUACACUUUAUUAUAAUCGUCAUCGUUAUCAUUGUUGUCGUUGUAGCAGUUACAAAUUUUCUUUUAAUUUUAUUAAAUGUUGCCAUCAUUAAAAAAAGCAUUAAGAAAAAAAUAAAACAAAACAAAAAUCUAUAUAAAUCUUUAAUAAUCAAUCAAUCCUCUUAAGUGUUCGGAAGUAAUGAAAACAAGGAUCUUUAGUACAUAUGAAUGAGAUUUUUCGAUUAACAUAUCUGGAAUUUGUAUAAUACCAGGGAUAUUAUUAACUAUUUUAUUAUUUUAAAAAUA